AUGUCCUUCUUUGCUAUGCCCAAGAACCGUGUCCGUCACAGCUCUGCAGAUACCUCCCCACGGCGUGACAGGCAAGACAGCCUCAUGGAAGCUAAAAACCAAACUACGGCGUUUGUGAUGGUGGGGCUUGUCACUCAUCCAGAACUUCAGAGCUUGCUCUUCGUGGUGACUCUCGUCAUGUACGUGGUGUCCUUGGUGGGGAAUACCCUAAUCAGUGCCGCCGUGUGCCUCGACUCGGCCCUUCACACACCCAUGCACUACUUCAUCUCCAGCCUGUCCUGGGUUGACAUCUGCUACACCACCGUCACCAUCCCCAAGAUGUUAGAGAGCCUGCUUUCACAGGGCACAACCAUCUCCUUCACGGGCUGUGCUGCCCAGCUGUACUUCCUGGAUGCACUUGGGACUGCCGAAUGCUUCCUCCUCGCCGCCAUGGCGUACGACCGCCUCCUGGCCAUCUGUCACCCGCUGCGGUACGCGGUCCUCAUGAGCACGUCCCGGUGUGCCCAGCUGGUGGUUGGCUCCUGGGCCAGCAGCUUGCUGCUUUCCUUGGGUCAGACCUUGUUCAUCUUCACCCUGCCCUUCUGUGGGGAACACCGGAUCAACCACUUCUUCUGUGACGUCCCGCCCCUCUUGGGCCUGGCCUGCGGAGACACCACCAUGAACGAAGUCGCCGUCUUCGUGGCUGGGAUGGGCAUUACGCUGAUCCCAUCGAUGCUGAUUGUGGGGUCUUAUCUCCACAUCAUCGCCACCGUCCUGAAGAUCAAGUCAGCCCAGGGCAGACGCAAAGCCUUCUCCACCUGCUCCUCUCACCUCCUCGUCAUCACUCUCUUCUACGGCUCGGCCAGCGCCAUGUACCUGCGGCCCAAGUCCACCUAUGCCCCAGAGAGUGACAAAUUCCUGGCCCUGCUGUACUGUGUGGUGACACCCACAUUAAACCCCAUUAUCUACAGCCUGAGAAGCAAGGACAUCAACCAAGCCGUGGGGAGGGUCAUCGCCUACAAGAUAUUGAGGUGA